UUCUGCAAGAAAAGUGCAGUCGGGCGGCCGAGCCCGGUUUGGCAUAACGCGUUCUUAACAUUGCGCGUUCUAUAGAAAAAGUUGCAUGCGCCUGCGGCUAGCGGUGAGGACUGAAAAAAACUUUGUCGUGAAAUAAAUCUUAAAAGCAUUUUAUUUUAAUUCUUUAGCUACUAAAUAUAUAGUUUUUUUUUUUCAUAUAAAAAAAUUAUCUGUGGUGUCUAUGAAAAAUAUUCACCCCUAAAUUUUAGCGGGAAUUUUGACAGUGACAUUAGUGUUGUGCUUUUAAUUGUUUUUUUUUUUUUUAAGAAAAGUGAGACUGUGUUGUGAUUGUGUUGUGUUUAAAAAAUACAGUGCCCACAAAUUGGGAUCCAACAAAAUUCCAACCGGAUGAAGACAAGGGUACGUCGACACCAUGACAAUGGGACACAAGCAGUACUUGGCGGUGGGUCAGUCGGCCCGGAACAGGCUGUUCGGCCUGCCGCGGCUCUCUGGCGACAAACAGAUACCACUGAACAUGCUGAUAUCGCAACAAGGCAAAAUUAAUCGCGGACGCCUGGCUGUAAUUAUGUUCAGCAUUUUCACUGUGGUGAUAGGCAUUAUUUUAUCGUUCGUACCAUGGUUGGACUACAUUAUAUUUAGGGAACUGAAGUUGUGGAACGGAUCGCUGAGUUACAGCUACUGGCAGCGUCCCGGCGUCAUCAGACUCACCAAGGUGUACAUAUUCAACAUGACCAAUCCCCAGGGUUUCCUCGAGAACGGCGAGAAGCCCAAGCUGGUGGAAGUGGGGCCUUUUGUGUACAGGGAAGACAUGGAGAAGGUGAACAUCAAGUUCCAUGACAACGACACAGUGACGUUCCAACACAACAAGAUACUGCGGUUCGUGCCUGACAUGUCGGUCGACAAGAAUCUGAAGCUCAUCGUGCCAAACAUACCCUUACUGACAGUGACAUCCUUCUCACCCAACUUGGCGGGGUUUGUGUUCAACCUACUGGUGUCAGGGCUGGCCCUGACUUAUAAAGAAAGGGCGAAACCCUUCGUCCAAGUUACCGCUGAACAGCUUGUAUUCGGGUACAAUGACCCUCUGGUGACCCUUGCCCACUACUUUUACCCUAAGGGUAAACGACCCAACAGUCAGAUGGGACUAUUUCUUGCUAGAAACGGGACCUUGGACGAAGUGUCAACGAUAUAUACAGGACAAAAGUCUAUGUCCAGAUUUGGAUAUUUGGACAAAGUUAAUGGUCUGGACCAUCUGCCUCACUGGAGGAAUCGGCCUUGUAACGACAUCACAGCAUCGGAGGGAUCCUUCUUCCCUCCGCGCGAAGUCACCAAAUCGGACUCGGUCAAUAUUUAUGACAAGGACUUGUGCAGGAUACUGCCCAUGCAGUACAGGGGAGAUGUUUAUAAAGACUAUAUCAAAACUGGGCUAUAUACACCACCAAGCUCGGCCUUGGAAUGCGCCGACAAGAAUCCCGACAACAAGUGUUACUGCGACGGGGAGAAGUGUCCCCCACGGGGACUCCAAAACAUCAGCCCGUGCCAAUAUAAUGCACCCGUGUACCUGUCAUAUCCUCACUUCUACGAUGCCGAACCAUUCCUGCUUGACGACUUUGAAGGAUUGAAACCGGAUAAAAAGAAACACGAGACAUAUUUUAUGAUUCAGCCAAAAUUGGGAGUUCCACUGGAAGGUUUUGUCAGAGUGCAACUGAAUCUAAAAGUGGAUCGAGCACCAAACAUAAUGAUCAACAAUAUAAACAGGUUCCCCGACAUCAUCUUUCCAAUUAUGUGGGUUGAAGAGGGCAUCCACGAAGUGACUACAUCAAUUUGGAGAUGGAUAUUCCUAGCAACUACAGUGGGACCGAUAGCUGCCCCAGUACUAUCCUACUCUAUGAUAUUCUUCGGCUUGUUGACACUAUUUAUCGUUUUUGUGAAAGCCUACAAAAAGUUUGUCAUUGGGCAAAAUUCGAUAGAAAUAGUGGAACUGAGUAGGGAAACUAUACGACGAGGUUCAACGCUAAUCAUGAACGGCUCUCAGAGGCUGUUGCCCUGCAGAGAAACGUCAUAUCGCUUGUUGAACACUAUACCAUCGACGCCAAAUAUAGCGAGAGAAGAGAAAAACGUAGAAUUAGAUUUCGUACGGAAAGAAGUCAGUCAAAGUCUGGACGAAUUGAAGAAUGUUAUAAGAACUGAUUUUGUAACAUCUAGUUUCAAUGGCACUGAAAGAGAAUCUUUAAUACGAGCAGACAACUCUUUCAUUUUAUCUGAACAUAAUCGACGGUACAGCAUGUUUAGGUUACCAGACGUUUAAAACAAUAUCUAUGUAUACACAUAUAGAUUGUAAGAAAUAUACUUUACUAAUAAACCGUUUUUCAAACCACCGCUUAGAUGCGAACGUAUUCAAGCAUAAAACGAUUAAUUACAAAUUACAAACAGUUAAUUAAUUAUGUUUAAAAAAUAUUUAAAAACGAUUAUUAUUAUAAUAUUUAACAGGAAACUUUGAAAUCUUGUUUAAUGUAUUUUUCAUCAAAUAAACCAAAUUUUUUCGGAAUAUAAACUGCCAUUAGGUCAUUCAUAUUUGAGAAACCGUAAAGUAUCGUCAAUAUACAUAUAUAUAUAGCAACAAUGCCGAUGUAAACAAAACACAGUUAUUAGCUAACUUACUGUGAUAAACAUGAAUGUUUACUCCGAAGUGACGUCUAAUUAUAAAUUAUAGAAACUCUAUUAUGACUACAAAUAUUAAUUUAAGAAUUAAUAGCUUCACACGUAUUUGCCAAUAUGCUUUCAUAAGAUCUAUUUUAAAAAUUUAAGAAUUUAAAAAUAACAAAACGUGAGGUUUAUAAAGUUUACUUAAAUGAAAAACGGUUUUAUAGUAUAUAUUUAGGUUGUGUUACUGACUGAAUGUACAGAUUCUGAUUAUUUUUGGAAUCUCAUUAGAAGUUAGAAAAAAUUUGCUCAUUUAAUAUUGUAACAAGUGGUUGAGACUUCAUUGAAUUACCAAUACACAAUUUAUAGACUUAUCUUGUUGAGAAGGUGAUAUUUUUAUAAGAAAUAUUUACUAUUAUUAAACGUUAUAUUUUAUUGUAUUUUGACAUUAAUGGGGUCUCUCUCAUUUAUGAUUCAUUUUAAUUGGUCAAAUUUUAUAAUGUUGAUAGAUAUUAGUUUCGAAUUAUGAAGAUUCAAUCUAUAAAAGGCUAUAAUUGUUUAUUUGGUUGACAAAGACUGUGAAUUUAGCCAUUUUAUGUUGUGUAUGUAAGUUGAUAUUUUUAGUGUCUCUCCUUAUUUUUACCUUCAUAUUUAAAUACAAAUGCCCUUUGUUUUCUCACUGUGAUCAUUUCUUAUAUAUAUAUUGUAUUUAUCAUAAUUUUGCUAUUGUAAUCUUUUGAAGGAAAUAAUAAAGAAUAUUUAUCUAUCAUCUUCUAUCUUAUAAUUAGAGGUUUUUAGUCUUAAAAAACUAAGAUAUUCAACUGAAAUUAAAAUUUGAGGGCAAUUUCCCAUUUUUGAAAAAAAAUACGCUAAAAAUAUCAUUUACAUUGAAAAGACACCAAAUUAAAUACUAUGUAAAUAAAAUAAAUUUAAUGACAAUAAUUUGUUAAAAUAUAAAUAAAUCCUGGUUGCAAUGCUAGUCGUUGAUAAAUAUCUACAGACAUUCUUUAAAAACAUGCAAUGUCUGCAAGUUAUGUAGGUAACACGUAUAUAUAUUUGCAAAUUUCGCUUUGACAACAAAAAAAAAAUAUAUAUAUAUAUAUAAUCAUUUUUAUUAUUUUAAUAACGUUACAAUAAUUAAAAUACAAAUCUUUAAAUUAUAAGGAAGUUCUAAAAUUAAUUAUUUUUAUACAAUUUAUAAAACAUUUUUUUUGGUUUAUUUUUUUUUAUUUAAAUAUUAUUUUAUUUAUACCUCACACACUCUUGGAAAUCUUUUGAUAGUGUAUAAAUUCUGCACUAUUCUCAUUCGUUGCCUAUCCGGUAAGGAAAAUAUGGCGUGAAGGUAGAUAGUUACAUUGUAAAAUUAGUCAUUAUAAUAAAAAAUGACUAUGUGGUGAAGGUAAAAAUUUACCGCGGUACCUACGUGAUUGGAUUUACGUAUGAAUUUAGUACCAGGUUAUAUAGGUACGGUUCGGUUGCGGUGGGGACUUUUUGUUACCUAGUUUUUUAUUAAACUUGCUCAAAAUUUUUGUUUCAAUUCGUUUAUAAAACAUUUAAAAAAAAAAGCAAAAAAAAAAUUGUAAAAUUAUAUUUUUAUAUAACUUUUCCAUUUCUAAAGAAAACAUUGCUCAAAAAAAGUAAAAAGAUGCCAACAAGUGUUCUUUUAGACCUAGGAAAAAAUAAUUAGUGACAAAUAUUUUGAGUAUAAUGUGAUUAGAUUUUUUGAAGAAUAUUUAAUUAGAUAGAUGGAAAUUAAGUGUUAACUCGCCUAUUUCACAUUUGAUGUUUAGCUUAGAUUUAAUGAAUACAUCUUAUUUUAGAAACAGAUAUAAACCAUAGAUCAAUAACUAAGCAUAUAGUUCAAUAUCUUUGACCCACAACCACUUAGUUUGUAUCUAAAUUCGGUUUACCAAUUUUUUUUUCAGUGUUUAAAAAUUAUUUUCUUAAUUCCAGACAAUUAUCAUAUUGAAGACUAGGCAGCACGGUCUCCGAUCUUAGCCUAUUUCACAGCGGAACAAACGUAUUAAAAAAAAAAUCUGAUAUAAAUUGUUCCUGCUGUACAACAGUUUGAGCAUUAGUUAUUGGUGACCAAACAAAAAAAUGCUGACGAGUUUUUAUAAAAACUCAAAAGAAAAACCUUUAAAAAAAAAGAUACUAUUGUUAUUUAAAAAAAAAAAAAACUAUUAUCAUAUGUAUUAUUUUUUACAUAUUUCCGUACCAAACAUUUUGUAUAAAUAUCUAUUAGAAAAGAUAUAGUUAAAUAUCGCUGUAUAGCAUUCUCCUGCACCUAAUUUACAAAGUAUAGUUACAUAUACCUAAUAUUUAAGUACUCGUUUACCUAAAUGUUAUGGUAUGUUGCCCAUAGAAAUGCUUCAAGAAAAACGGGUCAACAUUUUCAUAUAAUUUUGCGUGAUAAAUAGUUACGAGUGAUUCCUUUAUAACUUCUAUAUUUAUUUUGUCUUAUAAUUUAUAUAUCUUUUUAAUGCGUAAACACUCAUUUUAUUUAUUAAAUAAUACGUCAAGAUCCAUUUAUACGUAGGUAUAUAAAAUACUGAUAAAAAAACGAGUCAGAUAAUUUGUCAAUUAGUUGACAAAAAGUUGACCCGUUUUCGAGACUCGAUACUCUAUUUAUAUAAUCUAAGGUUUAAAGUAUAUAUAAAAAUAAAAACCUCAAAUGUGAAAUACGCGGAUUAUCUUUGACAUGUUUGUACUUAGUCAAUUUUUUUAAGCCUAAUAGCUCAUGAAAAGCUUUAAUAUCCAAAUGAAUUUUCAAAUAAUAUUUUAAUUGAAUUUAUAAAUAUUAGGGGCAACACGCUUUGCGUAUACACGUACACGUGUGUCAAUGAAAACAUUCCAUUUUGUAUUUUAGUAGAGGGUUUUAAGGACUAUUUUAAGACUACAUUAUUAUAACUGUAAAUAUUAGCAUAAGGAAAAUUUGUUUUUAAUAAAAAAUAUUUGUAAAAA